GAUAGGGUUCCCGAAAUCUCUGGCCCACCAGAAGAGGAAGGAGCCCCUCCAGAAUGUGCCUGGUCAGGGAAAACGAGGAGAGGAGAAAAAGUAGCUGUUGCGUAAUCAGAUGGUUUCCUUUCUUUAUCAUCGUGGCCAUGUUGGUCUGGUCCUAUCACGUCCUGGUUUACCAAAUCUGCAUUAUAAGAGUUGAGGACUACGUGGUCAUGGGCCUCUUGCUGUUUUUCUACCACCUACUACUCCUCAUGUUUCUGUGGACAUGGUGGAAGUGCAUAUGCGUCGAUCCAGUUAAGAUUCCCGAUCAGUGGAAAUUAUCUGCAGAGGAUGUGGAGAGACUGCAGCGCACUGAGGGAGUAGAGGGUAUAGCUCGAAUCCUCAAUAAUGCCGCAAGGAACUUACCCAUUUCCACCUGCAGCCCCGAGGGACUGGUGCGAUAUUGCAAGACCUGCUGGAUAAUUAAGCCGGAUAGAGCCCAUCACUGCCGAACCUGCCACGUGUGUGUCCUGAAAAUGGACCACCACUGCCCCUGGGUGGUGAACUGUGUACACUUUCACAAUUUCAAGUACUUCAUACAGUUCCUCCUUUACGCUGAGCUAUAUAUGCUGUAUCUCUUCUUCGUGAUGAUGUAUGAAUUUUACCUGAUCUGCGGCUUCGAUGUUAGUUACCUGAAAAAUGAGCACACAUGGAACCUCGUUCAGCAUGUGGUGUGCAUUACCUUUAACAUUUUCACCCUGGUCAUGUACAGCGUGAGUGUGUUCAAUGUAUCCCGAAAUCGCACCACUAUGGAAUCGGCCCAUCCUACCUUCUUCUUCGUUGGCGGUAAAAACUCCCAUGGCUUCAAUUUGGGGUGUCGUACCAAUUUUCGAGAGCUUAUGGGCGAUAAGUGGUACCUCUGGCCUUUUCCGAUCUUCUCCAGUCGCGGCGAUGGACUAUCUUUUCCAUUGGCCGUGGAACGACUCAAGGAGGUGCGUACUGAUAACCAGAGGAAAGAUGAUGGCCCGACCAGAGCCCAGAUUGUCAAAGGAAACGUAACCAGGAUUCUGGGAAUUCAUCAUACAUCUUUCGACCGUGAAUAACUAAUAUUCUCUAGUAUAAUAACUGAUUCACUGCUAAUAAUACUUCAAAAAUGUCAACCUAUUAAUUACAAUUCCUU